AUGUAUCAGUGGCGUCGCAAGGACUUCGACGGUCUCGACGAACGUGUUGUGCUGACAUUUAAGUCCAGAAAAAGAAAGAGGUCAUGCACAGAAAGAGAAAAAGAAAAGAUCUUUCGUCAUUCAGGAGGAGGAAAGAUCCCGUCCAUUGCGUGUAAUCAUAUUAAAGGAUUCUGCAAGGCUCGAGAUAUAACACCUGAUGACCUGGUGAAAUGCCAUGCAGAGUUUUACAGCAAACUGGACAAAGUGUCACAAGAUGCUGCUAUAGUAGCUAUGCUUGAUGUGGACACCACGAAAAGAGUCAGAGUGAAUGAUCAGAGGAAAAACACAAGAACCAUGACGACCAAAUACUUUCUUUGUAGUAAUGGAAACAGGCUGCAAGUUUGCCAGUCCUCUUUUUGUUCAGCAUUGUCCAUUAAUCGUGACAGAGUAUUAAGAAUAGCCAAACAUAGGUUUGAGCAUGGCACCACAAGACCGGAGAAAAGAGGAGGAAAUCGAAAACAGGGACUUUUCGCUGAAAAGAGAGAGGCUGUUAAGAACCACAUCCAAUCCUUUACUUGCAGAGCCAGCCAUUAUGGCAGAAAGGGUGCGCCAGGCCGAAAAUAUUUGCCCUCUGAAAUGAAUGUAAAGCGCAUGAACCAACUCUUUCUGGAGCAAAAUGGCAGAACUGUUGCUGUAAAUGUGAGCUACCACUAUUAUUAUGGAGUUUUCAUGAGUCACUUCAAUUUGGCCUUUGGAUAUCCUGCUACAGACACCUGCUCAACAUGCCAGACAUUCAAAAUGGCAAUGAAAAAUCUUAAUUUACGAGAUAAUGAAAAACAAGUCAAGACUGCUCUCUUCAUUCUGCACAGGAGAAAGGCAAGAAAAUUUUAUAGUCUCCUUAAUGAAGUCAAACCCAAUGAAAUGACCAUCUGUUUUGAUAUGAUGGAGAACCUUGUUCUUCCAAAAUUGUCUAUAGGAGAGGCCUACUAUUCCAGGCAACUUUAGUUUUAUGUGCUAGGCUUUGUUGUACA